AGGUUUAACGCAAUGCGGAGGAAACAACAAAACCCAGAUCUCACCUUACCAGAAAUGAGCUCCGCAGCAGGAUUUGACACAAAAAGCGAGCAAUGCAAGUUGACACGACGACAUCUAAGCUUGAUGAGCAACACAAGAACAUACAGGUUUAGGAGCAGUGAUUUUGACAGAGAAUGUGCAGCAUGAACAUGUCAGACAACGAAUCAUGGAUGUACCAGGGCGACUAUGACAUCGUAUUCAGCUGUGAUGAGGGCACCAGUACAGAUGGCUCCAACAAACACAUGGUUUUGCUGGUGCUUUACUAUGUGCUGUUUUGUCUCGGUCUACUAGGCAACAGCACAGUUCUCUGGGUUCUCCUGCGGCACAUAAAAGUGAAAACAAUGACAGAUGUCUGUCUGCUGAACCUGGUUCUGUCUGACCUUUUACUGACUGUGUCUCUGCCACUCUGGGCCUACAGUUCCCAGAACCUUGUAUCAUGCAAGCUGAUCACAGGAGUCUAUCAGUUAGGUUUCUACAGUGGGACUUUGUUUGUAACCCUAAUGAGCGUGGACCGCUACCUGGCCAUCGUCCAUGCCGUGGCGGCCGUUCAAGCCCGGACGCUUCGUUAUGGAAUCACAGCCAGUGUCAUCACCUGGGUCAUUUCUGUCAUCAUGGCAACCCCUCAGGUGAUAUUUGUCUCCUUGGAGAUGGAUGGAAAUGACUCCCACUGCCACCCAGUCUACCCAGAGGACAGCCAGUACUUCUGGAAGCUGCGGCAAAACUUCAGUGAGAACACAGUGGGCCUUUUUGUGUGCCUUCCCAUCAUAGUUUUCUGCUAUGUGAAAAUCCUUGUUGUGCUUUCAAAGUGCAGGAACUCCAAAAAGAACAGAGCUGUGAAGCUGAUUUUCACCAUAGUGUGUGUGUUUGUGGUGUGUUGGGUUCCGUACAAUGUCCUGGUUUUCCUUCAGACGCUGGAGCAGCUUGGAGUUCUGAACAACUGUAAUGUUUUCAAAGCCAUCGGCUCUGCCAUGGGCUUCGCUGAGAUCAUUGCACUGUCUCACUGCUGUAUAAAUCCAGUAGUUUAUGCAUUUGUCGGUGAGAAGUUCAGGAGGUCACUGGCCAGGGUGCUGUCUAAAUACUUGUCCCUGAGUUACCUGAAAAGAAAUUCUUUAAGUCAAGUUGACACGACAGAGAAAGAGACCUCCCACACACCUGUCAGAUCAGACUAUUAGAAAAGUGUCAUCUGUGGUGAUGGUGGUCGUGGUGGGUGAACAUGUGCUCACAGUGCUGUUUUUUGUUGUUGUUUUUUUAACUACAAAGAGGACAAAAUGCAUGUGUGUGUGUGUGUGUGUGUGUCUACAGAGAUCUUCGCAGUUUUUGUUUAUUUUUAAUGAAGCUUAGAAACUAUAUAGAAGACAAAUUGUACUUCUCUGUGUGUGCAAGUCCGGUGUGCUGCUUCUGAUUCAUGCUUCUGAGAGCUGUAAAAUUGUGCGUAGACUAUUCACAGUAAUAAGGGAGUGAUUCAUUUAGAGAGUGCAUCGAAUAAAAAAAAUUUCUAAAACAUUUAUUCAGAUCAUGUAAUCAUAUCUAUAACAUGUAAAACUAUGUUGUUUGUUCAAGCAAAAUAAAAAAAAUUAACUCACGAGCUCUUUCUAACGUCUUUUAAUUGAUGAUUGAUUUCUAACUGUUCUUUUGUGCGUGUGUGUCGUGUGUGUGUGUGUGUGUGUGUGUGUGCGUGUGCGUGUGCGUGUGCGUGCGUCUGCUACAUAUGUGAAAGUUAAGAUAUUCAUACAACAGCGCAUAGCCCUUCAAGUGACAAAACUAUUGUCACGCUGGUCUUUCUUGGAAACUUAUUACUGUUUUACAAGAAGUUUGAAGAGCAGAGUCAUUGUAUCAUAUAAAAACAACCCAUUUGACUCGCAAAGCCAGUGUUUAGUCAUACGGGCCCAAAAUUCAUCUACUGACUGAAUCAAAAUGAUGCAUAAAAACAUUAAGAUCUGUAAAAUGCCAUAGUGACAUGUUAGCUUGAGCUUUAGGUAUUAGUCUGAAGUUUUGCCUUCUGAGAGAAAGUAUUUUACUUCCUAUACACACUUAGUUUAGACUGCACUGAUGACAGUAUCAGUAGUAUCACUUCUUUCAUGCACAAAACCACACGCAGAGUUCUGCAAAGUCUCAAGCUCUGUGCACCUGCAGGUCCAAAUAAUAAAUGCCCAUGCUAUGCAAUAUAAACACAAAGAAAAGAACAACAACUACCAACUAUUAAUAAACAUUUAAUAUAAACUAAAACAAUAUAAAUCCUUCAGUGCAUGCGGUGGAUGGGAUUCUGCCAUUACGCCAUGCAAGUUACCAUCAAACAAACAACGCUGCAAAGUCAAACAGCAGGAGACUAAGCAGACAGAGACAAAGCAGCCGGAGACAAAACAAUAGCGGUCCCAGUCAGCUGACAGCAACGUCAGCAGCAGUAGUACACACAACCACCCGAGCCAAUUUCACCUGAUAAAAGUAACAUUAGCAUUACUCUGCUAAAUUGCUAAAGGACGAUACGGUCGCUACAUUUAUAAACAUACAUACCUAUCAACAGUGAGACACACACACACAAAAGGAGGGCGGAAGAGAGUUCAUGCAUCUUAGCACUUUAAGUGUGACCGCUUGAGCACUAGCCAGGUAAUAGCAUGCAUAAAAACAUUGCACGA